AUGACCACAUCGAGAGGCCCAGCCAAAAUGUCCUCGUUACACCGUCGCCAGUCCGCGUUGAACCUGCCGCCACAGACUACCGAUGGCCUAGGAACAAGUGCCGUUAGCCUUGAGAUUCAGCCAGCUCUAUCACUUACAAACGUUCAAGACGAUGAGAAUACGUCGCAAGGAGAAUCAUCGCCAACGAGUAGAAGCUACCGAGAUAAACCAAGCAAGGCAAGUCUAGCAGGCAGACAAUUUUCACUAGAGACAAACCCAGAGAUUUACGAGACUCAACAAGGGUCAGAUACACUACGCGGUCGUCAUGGAUCUCGGGCCAGCCAUCUGCGAACUCUUUCAAGGGAUUUUGUGCUGCAUUCCACGCCCACUUCUUCGGUUCGACACGAGAAUUUAACCAGUCUCAAGGACCAAUUCCUCAAGAUUAAAGAACGCUUCUCUCCGUCAGUCUUACCGCUACACAGUACAGCUACAGUGACGCCUUCUGGCUUGAUCGUACAGGACCUGGCCGCGACAAUUAACAAUGGAGCUUUGACCAGUGGUCACGUCAUACUGUCUGGCCAGCGAGAAGACGGAAGCUGGGAGCUCCCGCAGGCGCGAGUGGAACGCUGGUAUCGUGAAGAUGACUUCUUUAAGGCUUGUAUCACGUGUUGGACUAUGGAAGCUGGAGCUGCAAUCGUCUCCAAAGUGGCUCGGGUAGUUUCAGAAUGGGCAGCAGACACGUCAAGCAAUUCUACUUCACCUCCUGUUAGUGGUAGUACUAACUCGAUAAACCCAGACGUGUCGUUACAGUGGAUUGGUCGGCAGCUCUGGGCUGUGACGGUAUCGUUACCACUCACACGCUCGGGAGAACUCCAAGCAGAGCAUAUCACUCUUGCUCAUCGUAUCAACCAGGCAGUAGCUGAAGUAUCCAAACAAACCAGCACCCGAUUGAUAACUUCGCCUAUAGCGUGUCAUCCUUCUCAAGAUGCAGUAAGCGAGAAUGGUGACAUGGAAAAAACAGAGUCGAGCUCACUGCAGCUACCACAUUCACCUAUCCAACUCGGUCAAGACGAUGAAGAAGAAUUAGCGUUGGAUAAGGUAAACUCCAGUCCGUUUAGCACUCUAGCCGCAGAAGAUAUUGAAAUUUUACGGCUUCAACAAGCGCAAAUGGCCGACAAGAAAGUUGACGAUGACGAUGAUUCUGCUAGUGCUGAUAGAAGAGAGGAUGAUGACUCAACCGAUCGUGGUCAAAAUGAUAAUGACGAGGAGGAAGAAGAUAGCAGAGAGCAAGUAGCAGCACUGCCUCUGUCGUGGUCUAUGCUUUCCUUAUCGUCGCAACCUUCAGGGUCAUCGGAACAUGCGUCGUUGCAAGGCGAAUUUACUCUCACGGAUGACGAUAGCAUGACUGAUCCUGCUGCUCACAUGGCUCCGGAGAAAACCGGUUGGCUAAAAAAAAAGAAACGUAAGCAACAUGGACUCGGUAGCUCAUGGCAGCCUCGCUACUUCGAGCUGAAAGGGAACCGACUAUAUUAUUUUGCUAGUGAGGCUGAUGGCCUCCCACGUGGUGCAGUACUAUUGGAUCAUGCUCUUGUUCAACGAGGUCGAAGUGAUCGUAUGGCUUUCAGUAUCUCCAGUGCCAGUUCUCAUCGUCGACUGCAAGUGCUCAAGUUUUCAGCUAGACUCACUCAUCAAGUUCGUCCACGGAAAUCGAUCGAGUUACGCGUAGUUGAGGAGACAGAGGCUGCUGUAAGUACGUGGAUUGCAGCACUCAAUCGAGCGUCGUUUUACUGUAAGCUGGCAUCAGCCACAGCUGGGUCUUCGUCGACGUUACCAGUUCAUUCUUCUUCAUCCUUUGGACCUUUUUCCAUUCCCGACAAAAAACUCAAGACUCCGUUUUAUCGUUUUCGCUCUCCGACUGCCACAAAAGCAGCUCUAGCAUCCUCUGCUUCGUUCUGCGUCAAAAAGGAACGACGAGAUGUCGAAAAUACCGACAGGUCCGCGUCGUAUCAGCAACUAGGAAGCGUGCAGUACUUACGGGAGACUGAUCCUUUAUUAUGGGAGAUCCAUCCACCGGAGCAGAUCGCUAUCCGCAAAAAAGCAGCUCGAGCACGAACGCGUGGGGACUAUUUGGCCAUUUUUUCACGUCAUGCAGAGACGUUUUCUCAAAUUUUCUUACCCAGACCGCAACCAAUCUCUCUCGAACAAACGCUGCGUGACAUUCUGCCCGAGUUAUUUCUCAUUAACGAUACACUUUACGGUGGUGGAGAACAGCAGCAGCAAGCAGCGGAACAGAGCAGUAAUGACUCCACUGGACAACCACCGCAGAAUCGUGGACUGGAACAUAUUUUCGAGGUACUGGACGCUCAUAUUCAGCGGUUUGCAGCUGCCUCUGAAGAACGAGUACAUGCUGUUAGUGCGUUGUUGCAGGCUUGUGCACGCACUAUCAGUGGAGGCGACUCGUACUUCGUGGUACAUCGGCUACUUGGCAAUCCGAACUUGAUCAUUAGACCAGCUGAAGCACGGGGAAGGCCAAUUGAAAUCGACGUAUCUCCCGAACGUCCGAGUCGCUUCUUGAUCACAGUAUUCAGUGCGUUUUCUUUCCACCUGCUGGACGAUGUAGAGCGCUUUGGUGACUCGAAUGACGCUAACGGAGGUGGGAUGACUCCUGCUCCGUUGCUACGGGUCCGUACUCGGCAUAUCCAGGAAUUUGACUUUGCUAGUGGUACAUCCACUCGCUGGUUGAAGAUCGAUGUAGAAGGUCGUAAAGAAGAUGGUAGUCCUGGAGGAAGUGUCGGUGGAGGAGGAACGCUAGGACGAUGGGGCAGUCGACGGCAUUCUCACGAAGGUGCUGAAUCUCGAAUAGGAGCAUUGCUGGAUGCACUAUCCUGAAACUGUAAAAGCAAUUUGUUGAUUAAAAAUGAGCUGUGGAAUCGACGAGUCUAGCUAUGGACUAGCGUCAAGAGCAUUCAGACGGCCGUAGGCGAGAAAGCGAUCGUGCCAAUGGCGAGAAAAUUCAAAGUGCUAUCAACGCGAUCCAUUUCAGAACAGGAAAAAUGUAGACAAGAACGUCUGAAGUAGAGGUGUUUGCCAGAGUGAAAUUUACCAUAGUACGAUAGUCUCAGAAAAUUAGCAGUCAU